CUCGAGUUUUGAGACCCAGCUCUCCUGUCACCUGCUGUAGGAACCUUCCCUGAUCCUUGCUGCCUUCUUCACAGACAGGUGAAGAAACAGGUGAAGAAACAAAAAAAAAAGGAAGUCAAGGGAGCAUUCCCAAAGUCAAAGAUCAAGAAGAUGGCCUACUUGGGAAGCUACAAGCUGGAUGAGGGGAAACCUUACCUGAACAACUGCUUUCCAGCCAAAAAUCUGCUUCGGACACCAGAGAAAGGCCGAGGACACUGGUUAGUGGCUCGGAAAGGUAACCUCAAGAAGUCCAAGGGUGUGGUUGAAGCACCUGCUGGCGGUCAGGAAAGCCAGAAGAUUUCUCUUGAGGUCAGGGGGAAUAAAGGGUCUCAGCAGGAAAGCCAGUUGGACAUUUCUGGACACAUCCUGGACCGAGCUUUUCUGCUGAAGCAUCACUGUGUGAGGAAGCCAUCAGACCUGUUCAGCGUUAAUGUGAGCGGCCUGAAGCUCAACCAGGCUAAGGAAAAGGACUUCAAGAAUUUUCAUUCUGUGAUUUAUAUCAAUGCCUCAGAAAACACGCUGCCUCUAGAAGUAUUUAAUGCCUUUCCAGCUUUAAAGGAACUGGAGCUUGCCUUUAAUGGCAUCAAAACAGUCUAUGUGAAAUAUGGAGACUUCAGGUUAUUGGAAUUCUUGGACCUUUCCUUCAACAGCCUGACUGCAGAGGCCAUCAGUGAUCUGGGGAUUCUGCCUCGCCUCCGGGUCCUGCUCCUCACAGGCAACGGCCUCACCUCCCUGCCACCCAAUUUGGCCGUCGCAGAGCAGGAAGCAUCCAUGACAUCGCUGACAAGAAAGAGGUACCUGCUGAGGUUCCCAGCGCUGGAGACCCUGAUGCUGGAUGACAACAAACUCUCCACCCCCAGUUGCUUCACCAGCCUGGCUGGGCUCAGGAGACUGAAGAAGUUAAGCCUGGACCAAAACAGGAUUUUCCGGAUCCCGUACCUACAGCAGGUUCAGCUCCGCCAAGGGUCAGGGGACUGGGCUGGAGGCAGGGCAAGUCCCAGGAAAGAGCUCCCAUCUGUGCCACAGCCCAAGCCGUGGAUGUCUGACACAUCAGAUGAGCAGCCGGACUACACUGUACUGCCUAUGAGGAAGGACGUCGACCGCACAGAAGUUGUGUUCUCAUCCUACCCUGGAUUUUCCACCUCAGAGACAACCAAGGUCUACUCACUUCCUCCCAUAUUCGAGAUUCUUCCUGUGAAGUCUCUGAAGGCCAGGAACCAGACGCUGGCCCCACCUUUCCCAGAGCUGAGGUACCUUAGCCUGGCCUACAACAAGAUUGCGAAGGAGGAUGCCCUCCUGCCUGUGGCUCUCUUCCCAUCUCUCUGCGAACUGGUCUUUCAUAACAACCCUCUGGUGGCCCACACACGAGGGGUCCCUCCGCUGCUCAAGAGCUUCCUCCAGGACCGACUGGGGAUCCACUUAAUUCGAAAGAAGACAGUGAAGGUUAAGCAUCACAUGUUGAUGCCUCGGAAGGAGUCGUGGAAGGUGAAAACCCAAGUCCCUAAGGUGCCGAAGCAGCCUCUGCUGCUCCAUCACCCGUGCCUGACCACCGUCAAGGGCUCCCUGAGGGACCUGCUGGAGCCAGAGGCAGAGCUGGCCGAAGAGCCACCCUCCGCCCAAAACACUGCACUGGAGACCGAGAUGCCCACCGAGGGCCUGGAAGGCCUUUCCCUGUCCCACCGGACCUUCGUGCCGCUGCCUCCCAUCUGCUCUGACUCCACUCUGCACAGUGAAGACACGGUGUCCCACCUGAGUGACACAGCCGGCCGCCUCAGCCCGGAGCACCUGUCAGACGAGGACAUGAAGAGCAGAGAGUCCAUCUUCCUGACCCAGGUGAGUGAGCUGCCUUCCCCUGGCAUCCAUAGAGAUGACUCAGAAAUGAAGGAGAAAGACCAAAGGAGACCAUCAGCGGGACCCAAGGAGGUGAAGAAGACUCGGAGGAAGUCCCUGCCUGCCUCCAUCCCUAGCAAGUACCGCGGCUAUGAGGAGCUGCUGACAGCCAAGUCGGACCCAGGCUUCAUGGAGCCGAAGGGGAUCCAGAAGAACGCACAGGCCUUGCAGCACCUGCUGAGGCACCCACUCGUCUACCGCUCCUCCAAGCCCAGGCUGGACACCCUUCAGAAACUCUACGUUCCCAGGGAGAAACGGGCCCAGAGGGUCCCGAUCCCGCCCCCGCGGAAGACUCGAGCCCAGCUGCUGGACGACAUCCUCAUUCGCAUGCGGGACCCCCGGAACAUCACAGAGGCUCCACUAGGUGCGGUGCUGCGCCGGCGCACGGAGCAACGCCUGGUGAACCAGAAGCAGUACCUGGAGGCCAAGCGGCUGCUGAAGGAGUUCCGGGCGCGCUACCGGCAGCUGGUGCGCGGCUCGCUGCGCACGGUGUUCGGGACCUCGCCACUGGCCCCUGCCCUCCCGGCUGUGAGCGAAGGGCAACCCCAGUUCGGCCGCUUCCUCAAGUUCAUGGAUGAAUUCUGCCAGGAGCCCACGGCCAGUGACUCGAAAAGCUAGGGCUGCACGAGGGACCCCGCGCUCUU